AAAAUUUUAGUUGAUUUAAAGCAUUGAUUGGAAGUGUUUGUGAGUACAGUCGAAAUACAAGAUAAUUAAAAGGCUAAAAUGAACAAUCCAGCAGAAUUAUAUGAAUUGUCAUCCGAAACAAAUGGAGCAAGAAUUUUAUUUUCAUCCGAUGAUUUUUUCGGUGUAGCUGAAAAUCUACUUCAAGUAACAGAACCAGAUAUAGACAUAGAAAAUAUGCCAUGUCGAUUACCACAGGAUGUAUGGAUAACCAGGAGAAAACGAGUGCAGAAUUGCGAUUUCGUAAUCAUUCAAUUAGCAGUAAGAGCUGAAAUAUGCUUCAUUUGUGUAGAUACUGCUAAUCUUUUCAACAAUGCUGCGCUCAAAUUUUCUGUACAAGCUACCAAUUUAUCAAUAGAACAUGACUAUUCCGAGCUUUAUCAAAAUCGUUCCAAUAGAGUAGGCGGACAUACCACCGAUGAAGAAUGGUCGAAUAUUAACCAAUUUCGUUCAGAGACAUGGCCGUAUUUAAUUUCAAGGCAACCCCUAAAUCCCGGUUAUCCAUCGAUGAAUAAGAAAUUAUUUAUGAUACCAUCGACAGGACAAGAGUACACUCAUCUACGGCUCAACAUCUAUCCAGACGGGGGUAUAAGCAGACUACGUGUUUACGGAAAAGUGUUGAGACCCACUCUCAUGCCACCACCUUGGAAUUCUUGUAUUGAUCUUGUUUCAAAGAUUUAUGGUGGUAAAUGCAUAGCACAUAGUAAUUGUUAUAACAAUUCACACCCUAAUAACUUGAUCACGCCUAUGUUUAGUCAGGAUGGAUGGCAAACUGCGAGAAGUCUUAUUAGAUCUAUCGAAGGCUUCCCACAUAAUGAUUCUUCAUUUAACUUUAAUCAGAUAAUCGGGGAAGAAUGGGCUAUAUUUCAAUUAGGAUAUUGUGGUAAAAUCGUUUCUAUCGAGCUCGAUACAACAGGGUUCAAAGGGGAUAGUCCGUACGCUGUACAAGUGCAGGGACUUAGAGAAGGCGCUACGUUAAAUGUAUUAAAUGAAAAUUCUAUAAAUAAUGCAUCUUGGCAAGAUAUUAUACCGUAUACUCUCGUGAAUGAAGGUUCUAAGCAAGAAAUUACUGUUCAAGAUCAAAAUAUGAAAAUGGCUUAUGUGAAACUUUUGAUUAAACCGGAUGGCUGCGUAACUGGAUUCCGAGUUUUGGGAGAGAUUUGAUAGAAAUGCAAAAUUUAGAAUAAUUUGAUGAUGAUACCACAUAAACAAUAGCGUUUAUCAAAAUGGGAAGCUGAUGUUACUUAUAAUCAACAAUU